AAGAAAGUACGCCACUUUUGAAAAACGUUUUCUCCAUCUUCUUCUUUUCUUCUCUCACCCAACUAACUUAAAUUAUCCAACUACCAUGGCAGAAGAUUAAGCGAAACCUUCAAAAUUAGAGAGAGAAAGAAAAUUUUCAAAUCUUACGUAAGAGAGAGAAAAUGUGGAGGUCGUAUUUUCAGAGAACUUUAACAAUGGCGGCGACUUAUCGAAGUCGUCAGAUUCUCUCUCCUCCGACGCGUUCAAUGAUGUUUGCGUCGUUUACGACGUCGUCGUCGUCUGGAGAUGAUAAAAGCGACGAGAAGAGGUUAAUGGCGACUGCUGCAAGAGGUGUAGUAGAGAAAGAAUCGGCGAUUUCGUUAGGAGAAGUGAAGAAACUGAUGAAAUUGGUGAAUGUUGAGUCGUUGAAGAAGAAACUUGGAGAAGAAGGUAAAGAGGUUAUUGGAUAUGAGGAAUUGUUGAAGACUUGUGAAAGUAUGGGAGUUGCGAGAUCUGUUGAUGAAGCUGUUGCGUAUGCGAGAGUUUUGGAUGAAGCUGGUGUUGUUUUGCUUUUUCGUGAUAAGGUUUACCUUCAUCCUGAUAAGGUGGUCGAACUGGUUAGGAGAUCUGUCCCACUUGCCUUAACUCCUGAAGAUGAUCCUAGGAGGGAGGAGCUGCAGAGGCUGCAAGAAAGGAAGGAAGAGAUUGACAGGCAGGCACACAGGCAGGUUCGUUUGAUACUGUGGUCAGGCCUUGGUGUUGCUAUAAUGCAGGUCGGACUUUUCUUCCGUCUGACUUUCUGGGAAUUCUCGUGGGAUGUGAUGGAGCCAAUUGCAUUUUUUACAACAGCCUCCGGCUUAGUGAUUGGUUAUGCCUACUUUAUGAUAACUUCAAAAGAUCCCACGUACCAAGACCUGAUGAAGACACUCUUCCUUUCAAGGCAGAGGAAGUUGAUCAAGAAGUACCAAUUUGACCUUAACAGAUUUAAGGAGCUUAAUGAUAAGUGCAAAUGUCCUCUUGAUAAAAAGUUGAUCAAUGAGAAUCUAAUACUAGAUGAUGUAUAAAGCUUGCUGGUAUUCACAGACAGUUCGAUAUUUUCUGCAGCAGAAGAGAAAUGAGGACAUUUGGAGUUAAUUCGUUCACCAAGUGAAGGAGCUCGUAACUUCUGAUGCUAUUCUUAUAUAACUUCUCUAUUAGCCUUAUUUUUGUACUGCAGCUAGUAUAUAUACUGCCAGCAUCAGGAAAGCAUAUGCACUUCUGUCCUUUUUUUCCCCUUUAGGCAAAGGACCGAGCCUCAAAAACUUCGACGUGGCUUACCCCCUUGUUCCUAUCGAGAGAGGAGUCUUAUCUUCCUGUUGUGUUGAACAUUUGCUAACAUAAACAGAUUUAUCUACAAUGAAAGAUAUCUAUUCAUAUGA